AUGUAUUGCCUAGUGUAUGCCCAAUCUGGUGUCUCCACAGCUAUGUUGAUCUUCUACACUUGCAUGUGGCUUCCCCUUAUGCAGCUGAGAAAAGCCAUUUCAAGAGUCCUUGCCUUCAUCUUUUGCAAGUAUCAAGCCCCAGAGAGCUCCUGCAGUUUCCAACUCCCAGUGGGUAUGUUUCAAGAUUUGCAAAAACCUAGUGAAGAAGAAGAUGGUGAUCAUGAAAAGACUUGCUCUAUUUGCUUGUUGGAUUAUGAGGGAGAGGACUUGGUGAGCAAGCUCCAUAGAUGUGGCCACGUGUUCCACAUGGACUGCAUCGAGAGGUGGUUGGAGAGGUGGUUGACAACCACUCCGACUCUUGAGACCACCAUCAUGGUGGUCAACUUGGCAACUGAGAUGCAAAAUCAUAUCUACAUCUUGUGCUCAUAUCACUCUUUGUCUUUCAUAGUGGUCAAAUGUGACCAUCGUGGUGGUGGUCGUUGGGCUGACCGACUUGACUACGGUGGCUCACAGCGGUUAGCAUCUUUGUCUUUCACGGUGGUCAAUGUUAGUAUUUAUAUUUUGGUUGAGGAAUCGUUGGAGCUGAGGAGAGCCAUUUCAAGAGUCCUUGCCUUCAUCUUCUGCAAGUAUCAACCCCAAGAGAGCUCGUCCAGUUUCCAACUCCCGGUGGGUAGGUUUCAAGAUUUGCAGAAAUCUGGUGAAGUAGAAGAUGGUGAUCAUGAAAAGACUUGCUCUAUCUGCUUGGUGGAUUAUGAGGGAGAGGACCUGGUGAGCAAGCUCCAGAGAUGUGGCCACAUGUUCCACAUGGACUGCAUUGAGAGGUGGUUGGAGAGGUCUCAGUUCACAUGCCCUCUCUGCAGGAAGCUUGUGUUUGAUGCGAAAUCUUCAGCGGCAAAACAAAGAUGGUGA